AUGAUAAUUGCUUAUAUAAUUAAAGGAAUUUUGGCACCUUUGAUCUUAGUGAUCUUAUAUUCAAAUUCAAAGGCGUUACAAAAUUAGGAAUAAUAAGUAAGAAGCUUUUGGGAGAAUAUCUUUGGAGAGGUAUAUUAGAUUAGAAAACAAACGUUUGUUAAGAAUUCAGCCUUCAAGGCUGAAUAUAAUCAAUCUCGUUACAAUGUGGCUGAAUCUCCUGUGUAUUGUAAAAAGAGUGACUCAUACAAAAUGGCUCAUCCUGAUAUAGUAUUGUAGGAUUACUAUGUGUGGAGAGAUUAUCCCCCUUCUAAUUUACCAAAAAAGAUAACAUUAGAUAGAACAUUUGCCGUAUUAGAUAAAGUGAAUCCGUCUAAGACUGCCUCAUACAAAUAUGAAAAUUAAAUGCCACUCUAACUUGGAUUUAUUUAUACAACUGUUUCUACAUUAUUCAACAACUAUGUUUGGGGGAAGGGAUUAGGAUGUGCAUUACAAAAAUAUAGUCAUAUACCAGGAAAGAGUUCUGUGGCAAUGAAAAACUAAUUAAUUGACAAUUUCAUGAAAUACGUACGAGAUUUUGAAAAGAAGAACAUCACUAAUCCAGAGUGUAAGAGGAAUGCGUCAUUCAUACCUGAAACAUAUAGAUUGAAUGAUGAGAAUGAUUGUAAGGCCUUCUUUGAAACAUUCAAAACAACCGAUUAUUAGAAGAGGUUCAAAAAGUAUGGGCCCUAAUACAUCUUGAAAACUAAUUAACAUAGAGGAGAAGGAAUUACAGUAUUAUUUCAAAAUGAGACAAAUGAAUUGUUAGAGGAAUAUAACCACGGAAAAGAAUGUGGUAAUAUCUCAAAAUAAGUAAUUGCUCAAAGAUAUAUAUCGAAUCCAUUCUUAUAUAAAGGUCACAAGAUUGAAUUUAGAAUAUAUUAUACUAUUAUUUCAACUAAACCAGUCAUUGCAUAUUCAUAUUCAAGAGCAUUAAUUAAAAGAUGCGCAAAACCAUUUAGUGUUCAUUCCACUGAAAAGGGAGCACAUGUUUGUAAUACAGCAAUUGUGAAAAACUUAGUGAAAACAGACAAGGAUGAUGAUGAGAUUGAAGAUGAAGAAUUCUUUAUCGAUUGGUAUUUGGAGGGACUAGAAGAUUUGUUAAUUAAAUAAGGAAGAGCAAAGAAAGGAUGGCUCCAAGCUUAUCUUUAUCCCAAAAUCCAUAGAUCUUUAAUCCAUAUGACCAAAGCUACCUACCAUUCAUUUGCAAGAGACAGCACGUUUGGAGAAUUCUUUGCAGUUGAUUUUCUACUUGAUGAUAAUCUAGAUGUGUGGGUUUUGGAAGUCAAUUAUAACCCAUAAGUUCUUAGUGUUACUCCUGACAGAAUAAAGAGAAAUUAUAAAAUGUUAGAAGAUCAUUUCGAAUUGCAAUAUGCUUAUAUCAAGAGCAAAUUAUAUAGAUUACAGCAACUUGGUAAUGCACUUUUGAAGAAGGAUGCCAAAUCCAUUCUUAAUCAAUCUAAAUAAGUUGAAGAAUUGUUAAGAGAUAAGUUGGAAUCUCAGUUUGAACUUAGUAAAGAUAACUUAUAUAUUAAAAUCAUGGAUGAAGGCUUACCAGGAACUUAAGCAUACACCAAUUUAAUAUCUAAAGAGUGUCUUAAAUGA